CUAGACACAGCUCAGUCAGAGCUCUUCCAUUUUAUGUGGUCAGUUGAGCAGUCAACAUCGUUUGGUUCCCAAAAUUUCAAUAAAAAUAUAAAAAAAAUAACGGUGCUAUAUUUUUCGGCUCAAAAUUUAUAAUUCAUGGAUCUUUCGAAGGUCGAGAGGCAGGCACCAGCCGAGGGACAAGGCUCAGAGCCUCCAAACUAUAUGAAGAUAUUGCUGCAGGACAUGAUAUGCUUCUUCGUCCUGCUCUCAUUGGCCCUGCUUGUCGUGGCAGGCAUCCUAUAUGUGGCAGACGAUGUCACCCGGCUCCAUCACCGUCCGCGGGAUUCUGUCAACGGAUCGCGGGCAGUGUCAGUGGAAGAUGCGUCCAAGCAUAUGCAUAUGCAUCGGUACUUACGCCCGGACACAUGGCUUAGGCUUUUUAUGUGCCAGAAACAGCAGGAUACGAGGAUGGUGCAGCAGCAUGAGCGAAAUCAGAGGCAUGAACAGGAACUGCUAGGCGAGGGACAGAGACUAAAGGAAACGGUGGAGCAAGAGGAAAUGGACGAGCAUCAGCCAUUUGGACCUUACGUCGAUUCUACCUAUGAACCCAAUAACCAUCCUGAGCAUAACCAAUUGCAGGCUGGCGGGGAUCAUGUCGUGCGGGAGGAACCUCUUGAUAAUCAAUUGGACUCUGAAACGAAGCCAUCUUUUGAAUUUUUCUGAUUGUUAUACUUGGGAUGUCUUUUCCCUGCCUGCAAUUAUUUGGAGGAAGCCUGCUCUGCGGACCAUUAGGAAAAUGUAAAGUGAAAUAAAUGCCUAAAUUUAUUAUUUA